UGGCUUUCCCUCGAUCCCCAUCCUCAACGUCCCCCAGCCCCGCUUCGCCUCCAUCCUACCAUGUCCUCUCCUCUUCAACGCCGCCUAUUUGCUUUCGCCGCCUUCGCAUGCCUAUUCUCUUCCGUCUACUCCGCUAUCAUUGCCCAAACAAUUCACGACGAUCAUGAUCAUGCCGCCUUGAACAAGCGUCUUCCUUCAACUUGGUACCAAGCCGAUGACCAUCCUGCUCACAAGCUCUUCAAGCGCGCAGGCACUGACGGUCAGGUUUAUGCGCAAGUCGGCUCUCCAACAUGGGCGGCUGGUUAUCCACAGUCCACGCCUGAUCCCAGUAAGCUGCCUCAAGCUUGGGUUGACGCGCUCAACGCCGCCACUGCCGCCGGAAAGAUACCAGGCUUUGCUCCCUCUACGUCCACGGGAGGCAACCCCACGUAUCCCCAAGGCAUGGAUCCCAAUGGUGACCAGAUCUGCUCUACGACGUACAAGUGUCGCAAGAACCCUGAGAAUAUCUACGACGCGCCUGACGGUUUGCUCGGUGUUAGCUUUGACGACGGUCCCCUUCCUACGUCAGAUAAGCUUUACGACUUCCUCAAGGGGAACAACCAGCCCGCGACGCACUUCUUCAUCGGCCUCAACAUCCUGUAUAAUUACAAGCAGUUCGACAGGGCAUUUAAUGAAUUGCAGGACGACAUUGCGGUUCAUACUUGGACGCACCCGUAUAUGACUACCUUGGACAAUAUGGCGGUCCUUGGGCAGUUAGGGUGGACAAUGGAGAUCAUUCACAACUCCACGGGCGGUCGGCUUCCCAAGUAUUGGCGUCCCCCUUACGGUGACUCCGAUAACCGCGUCAAUGCGAUUGCACGAGAGGUAUUCGGUUUGACCACAGUUAUUUGGAAUCAAGAUACCGAAGAUUGGAGUUUGACAACCGGCGGGACGACCCCCCAGAAGAUCAAUGCAUCCAUGACGAAGUGGCUGACUGGACCCAAGCAACCGGGUCUGGUCAUCUUGGAGCACGAGCUCUCUGAUCAGUCCGUGCAAGCGUUCAUUGACGCGUACCCUGUUAUGAAGAGCAAUGGAUGGAAUGUUGUCAGCGUCGCUCGAAUGGAUGGACAAGCCCCAUACCAGAACUCUCCUGAUUCGACGGGCGACGUCGUACCACAGGAAGUCGCCCUCUUGGCGAACAACGGUACCAGCUCGAGCAGUUCUUCAAGCACGACACCGUCUGGAACCAGCUCUACAUCGUCAUCCGGAUUGCCGUCCGGCGCCAUCGCGCCCACGGGUGGUGCAAGUCUACAACAUAACAGUGCCGCAACUACCCUCCCUCACCUUGCGAAUUGGCAAGUGCAAGCGCUGCUUGUUACUUGUCUCGUCACGAUGCUCUCUACGGUCGUCAUGAUCUCACGAUCAUAACUUGAAAACACCAAGGACAUUGCAUUACUUAUUCGCUUGUUCCUCUACUUCCCCCUACGACCGAACCCCCAUGUGGCCUUUAUAGCAUAUUUACGCACUGUGGCAUGGACUCUCUUCUUCGUUCCCAUCUUCCUCCUCCUUUCACGGACCUUGCACGCUUCUUGACGACAUUUUGAUGCUUAUAACACUUUCUUUUCUCCUUACAUUUUUCUAUUCCUACCUUCUUUAUACAGUAGCGGCUCAGAGUUUGGGGCCUUUCUUACGAUAAACACUUGCAGACUCGUUAAUAUACCUAUCAUUUGCUG